UAGAUGCUCCUGGCAGCAAUACAAAUCUAGCACCACCCAGGGAGGGAAUGUGUUUGCUUCUUUGCUUACUUCUGUCAGGGUAAAGGAAUGCUGGACACCGAGAGACCAGGGAGACUGCAGCUCACAGCACCCCAGUCCCACACCUUCGCUCUCCUCCUUUUGGAACACACAGAUGUCAGAAACUGAGCUGGAAAAGAUAAAAGUAAGAACAGCUGAACACUUUGAAAAUGACAAAAAUAACAUUUCUUGGCUAAAAGAGGAUACGCAACUCACAAAUGAAAAGCGUGCAGACGAGAAACCUAUUAAUGCUAUGGUUAUAAAUUCAGUAUCCGAAUUCAAUAUCACAGAUGGACCAGCCAAGGAAAGCCCCACAGAGAAAAACCUGUCAGAGUCCAGCACAUCACUGUCCUCCCUUGAAGAAUGCCAAACAAGAUUUUCCUAUCUCCAAACUGAUACUUCAGCUCAUCAGAGAGACACGAAUGAGGUGUGUGCCUCGCUCAUCCUCACCUGUCUGUUUUGCCAGUUUUGGGACUGUCUCCUGAUGCUCCCCGAUGCCUGUGAAACAGUGUGUACCAACCUGUGCUGCCCUUCACACUGGUACUACCACGCCUCGGAUGAAAACCACCCUCGCAGUGACUGCACCUGCAACUGUGAUAUGGACUGUAGCCUGUUCGAAUCCUGCCAUGAGACCAGUGAGUGCCUGGAGCUGGCCAUGGAGAUCUCAGAAAUCUGUUACCGCUAGUGUGACAAAGG